GGAGAGAAGCGCUGCAGCCGUUUUCGUACGGGCCACGGGCUUGUAUUGGGAGGAAUCUCGCAUACGCCGAGAUGCGAACCAUCCUCGCCAAGAUCUUGUGGAACUUUGAUGUCGAGCUGCAACCACAGUCGGCCAGCUGGGACGACUGCAAGAGCUAUAUCGUGUGGGAGAAGGGGCCGCUGUGGGUGUGCUUGAACAAGAGUGUCUAGUAUACUGCCGACAUGAGUAUAUGGUAUGAUAUAUUGUCUACAGCAGGUAUAGUGCUACCGGCCACCUUUGCAGAUGGGCGGCGGUCGUUGCAAGCCAACACAGAUUUUCUCAACCGCGUCCGCGAGAUGAAACGCGAAUACCGCUUGAAGGUAUACGCCAUGUCGAAUAUUUCACAGUACGACUUUCAGCAGUUGCAGACAGGCCGCGAAGGCGUGUUUUCCCUCUUUGACCGCUGCUUUGCCUCGGGUGACAUUGGGCUGCGGAAACCCGACGCAGCCUUCUACGAGUAUGUGAUACAGCAGAUAUAGUGUCUGCCGCAGCAUGUCGUGUUCAUUGACGAUAAGGAGGAGAAUGUCAGUGCAGCUCAGGCAGCGGGGAUGGUGGGCGUGGUAUAUAAGGA